AUGACAUGGUUGUAAAUGCAACCUUGGCAGCCAUGGCAAAGCAUGGCGCAGCAAGGAAACCGGAGAUGAGCAUUUAUCAUGUUGCUUCAUCUGUGGUGAACCCACUACUGUUCCAAGACCUGGCUAGAUUCCUCUACGAACACUUCAGUUCCACUCCUUACAUGGACUCAAAGGGAAACCCAAUUCAUGUCCCAACAAUGAAGCUCUUCAAUUCCAUGGAUGAUUUCUCCUCACAUAUUUGGAGGGAUGCCAUCCAAAGAAGUCAGCAAGUAGCUGCAGCUGCUUCCAAUGGGAAACUGUCUCGUAAACUCGAAAUUGCAUGCAAGAAAUCGAUGGAACAAGCAAAAUACCUGGCUAGCAUAUAUGAACCAUACACUUUCUAUGGAGGAAGGUUUGAUAAUACCAACACACAGAAGCUAAUGGAGGAACUGUCAGAAGAGGAGAGAAGGAGCUUUGGAUUUGAUGUAAGGAGAAUAGAUUGGCAGCAUUAUGUGUCUAACAUUCAUAUUCCAGGUCUGAGAAGGCAUGUAAUGAAGGGGAGAGGAUGUCUGGAUAAUUAGACCUUCUGUUUCAUAGGAAUUGGUUGUAAUGUCCUUUUAAUCCUGGUAAAUAAUGAGAAGAGGAAAUAUAAUAGCUCACAUGAAUUGAAUUCAUACUUCA